AUGAUUUAUUCUACUGAUGAACAAUAUGAAGGCAAAAAAGAAAUGAUUCUUUUUUUUUCUAUUCAUUUUUUUUACUUUUUAGAUUCAUCAGCAUCAAAAUUAAGCAAUGAAAAUUAUAAUAACCAUGUUUCUCGUUCUGCUAAAGCUGUAAAAAGCACACGAUCACAAAGAAUACCAUCUAUAUCUUUAGUAACCAUGCAAGAAGAUCAUGACUAUGAUGAACCACCGUGUCCUAGUUUUGAUUUACAUCUCUAUGCUCAUAUUGAUCGUUCAUCUCUAAAUCGAUGCGUUUUUACACCAAUUCCUCAUCAAACAGCCUUACAAGAUGAACAAUCACAACCAAUAUCACGUAAACGUAAAUUUGAAUCAGUCGAUUCUGCUAAUGAAUAUAUUAGAAAUGCAAAAUUUGGUAAUGACAAUGGCGAAUUAGCUAAUAUUAUAUAUAAUAUGGAUAUGCGUCUUGAUCAACUAACACGUACAUGUAAUGGAUUACGUUCAAGUAUGCAUACAUUGAUGAAAAUGGUAACACAAUUAGUUAGCAAUCAUACACAAAGUACGGAUACAAAUGACUUUGAUGAUACAUCACAAAUGGGAUUACCGUAUGUACGUUCAUCAUCAAGUGUAUCAUCAAAAUCAGCAUCAAAUAGAAAUAAACGAAUACAUAGCAAUACAGAUAUUGUUUCACAAAGACCGACAGAAUUUUUGUGUCGACUUAUACGUAAAGUUUAUUCAACAAAUGAAAUUGUUGCUGGUAUUAAUCCUGAUGAACGUCUUGAUAGAAUAAAAGAAGCCGUAGCUGAUCGAUAUUUUCCUGAUGAACCCGAACGAUUUGAAACAUUCUGGGCUAGAGAAGCACAUCAGUCGAUUCUUGGUCAAGCACGUGCUCAACGAUGUCGAGAUAAAAAAGCCAGGAAUUAUCUUGCAGACAAUCGUUGA